CGCCGGAUCCCAGCUCUGGCUGCUUUACAUUGCAGCUCAGUGCUACUACCCGAAAUAUGGAUACUGAGCAGAGAACACAGCACCGCAUUGUCCAGCCGGGAAAACAGCAGAUAUAAAAAGCCUCAAUGCAUCAACUGUCAGCAAGAGUCAACAGGGCUCCCGACGCAAGGGACAACUACAGCUCUUUUGUUUAACAAAGGAGAGAGAAAAUGAAAGAAAGGGAGAAUCUCCGGAGACGAGUGCCCAUAUGAACACGGAGGGGAAGUGGGAGACGAGGAGACAGAUGGACUCUGGACGCUGUGGAAAGCAAUCGCGGGAGGCAGGCUGCUGGGGGAUGUGCGCAUGUUCGACAGCAGCUUUCUGCUGAAGUGAUGGCGUGCCAAAAGUCUUCAGUGGGCAUGAUCCUCUCCACAUCAAAGGCUUGAGCAAGGAAGAAUGACUGCGAGGGACACAACGUGAGUGAAUUAAAAAUGAUGACCAAAGAACAGUACUAACCCAGAAGAAGCCAGGCAACGCUCUGCAGCCUCCCCCACAGACCGGCCCUGGACUCUCACACCAUGCUUCAGUGGCGCAGGAGACACUGCUGCUUUGCCAAGAUGACCUGGAACGCCAAGAGGUCUCUGUUCCGCACCCAUCUCGUCGGCGUGCUCUCCCUCGUGUGUCUGUUUGCUAUGCUUCUGUUUUUCAGUCAUCAAGACUGGCUGCCAGGCAGAGCUGGACUCAAAGAAAACCCUGUGACGUAUACUCUCCGGGGAUUUCGCUCCACAAAAAACGAGACAAACCACAGCUCCCUUCGGAACAUCUGGAAAGAAACAAUCGCUCAAACAGCGACUAACGCCAACAACACGGAACUGGCACCAGAGGUCACAGGGCUCGAGAACACACUGAGUGCCAAUGGAAGUAUGUACAAUGAAAAGGGCACCAGAUAUUCAAAUUCUUAUCAUUUCAAAUACGUCAUCAACGAACCGGAAAAGUGCCAAGAGAAAAGCCCCUUUUUAAUACUGUUAAUAGCAGCAGAACCUGGACAAAUUGAAGCAAGAAGAGCUAUUCGGCAAACAUGGGGCAAUGAAAGUCUAGUACCUGGUAUUAAAAUCACACGCAUUUUUUUAUUGGGCUUAAGUAUCAAGUCAAAUGGCUACCUGCAACGUGCACUACUGGAAGAAAGUAGAGAGUAUCAUGACAUAAUUCAACAGGAAUACCUAGAUACAUACUAUAAUUUGACCAUUAAAACACUAAUGGGAAUGAACUGGGUUGCAACAUACUGUCCACAUACUCCGUACGUUAUGAAAACUGACAGUGACAUGUUUGUCAAUACCGAGUAUUUAAUACACAAGUUACUAAAGCCAGACUUGCCUCCUAGACACAACUAUUUUACGGGUUACCUAAUGCGAGGAUACGCGCCCAACCGGAACAAGGACAGCAAAUGGUACAUGCCGCCAGAGCUGUACCCAAGUGAGCGCUACCCUGUCUUCUGCUCUGGAACUGGUUAUGUUUUUUCUGGAGACCUGGCAGGAAAGAUAUUUAAAGUUUCCUUGGGUAUCCGUCGUUUGCAUUUGGAAGAUGUGUAUGUAGGGAUCUGUCUUGCCAAGUUAAGAAUUGACCCUGUCCCCCCUCCCAAUGAGUUUGUGUUCAAUCACUGGCGAGUCUCGUACUCCAGCUGUAAGUACAGCCAUCUCAUCACCUCUCAUCAGUUCCAGCCCAGUGAACUGAUAAAGCACUGGAACCACUUACAACAGAACAAGCACAACGCCUGUGCCAGUGCAGCCAAGGGGAAGGCGGGCAGCUACCGGCACCGGAAACUACACUGAGCUCUUCCAACGUGCGAUCUGUAAAUAGUACUCAGCAUGCCUAACUAAAACCGAAUGCAUCCACAGGACAAGUUUUAGUUAAAAUUCAUCACAUAAAGAAAUCCAAAAGUUAUUUUUUUAAUUUCUGGAAAAGGUAAUUCUUUAAAGAGUAAGAUUCUACAACAAUUCUUUGAUUAAAAGGUACCCUAGAGGAAUCUAUUAAAAACUUUGUAAGGGGAUUCUAUCAAUUAACAUGCAACAAUAAGCAUGCAUACAUUAAUGGCUCAAGUCAU